AUGAGCUGGAUCAAGUCCGCCGUGAUCGGACUGAACCUCUGCCCAUGGGCGAAGUCGGCGCUGAGAGAAGGGCUGAUUGAUGUUCGCGUCUCACAAGCGACCGACGUCGCUUCUCUCAUGGACGAGGUGGUUGGAAACAUCAGGGAAAUGGCAGACAGCGAGGGAAGGGAGACCAGGAUCAUUGUUACAGAGAGCUUGCUCGGCAACUUUGAAGACUACAACAAGAUCGCCAACAAGAUUGACAAGAAGAUUGAUCAGAUGGAAUGCAGAGGCAUCAUUCAGCUAGCCACGUUCCAUCCUCAGUACCAGUUCGGCGAUGCAGAAGAAGAUGACGUGGAAAACUGGACCAACAGAUCACCAUAUCCGAUGUUUCAUCUUCUGCGCGAGAACGAGAUUGAGGACGCGUUGGACGGCUACGAUGACCCCGACGAAGUCUGGCAACGGAACAUCAAGACGGUCAAGGAGAAGGGAAAAUGCUUCAUGCAGCAGUUGUUGGAGAGGUCUGUGAAGCUUGUCUAA